AUGGCUGCCUCAAUCGUCAAGUGCGCUGCGCUUCUGCUGCUGGCCGCAACAGCCCUGGUUGUGGCAGGGGCUACCCCAGCACCAGCCAUGGAGGGUGCUGCGCACCGCCGGCUGCUCGCCUCCCCCUCUCCCGUGGUGAAGGCUGCUGCAAGCAAGGACGCGCCUGCCAGCGCUGCUGCGCCCGCAAAGGGUGCCCCCGUCGCCAAGGCAGAGCCUGCCAAGAACGAGGAGCCCGCUGAGGAUGAGGAUGACGCAAGUGCCGAUGCUGCCGUGCCUGCCAAGGCCGCCGCCGCGCCCGCCAAGGGCUCCGACGCCGCCGCGCCCGCCAAGGGCUCCGACGCCGCCGCGCCCGCCAAGAGCGCUGCCCCCGCCGCCAAGGGCACCGACGCUGCUGCUCCCGCCAAGGGCGCUGCCCCCGCUGCCAAGGGUGCUGACAUUGCCGCGCCCGCCAAGGGUGCCGCCGCGCCUGCGAAGGGUGCUGACACUGCAAAGGACGCCGACGCCCCUGCGGAUUCCGCCGACGCGGACGACGACAACGCCGCCCCCGACAAGGGCGCCGCCCCUGCUGCCAAGGGCGCCGACGCCGCCGCGCCCGCCAAGGGCGCCGCCCCUGCUGCCAAGGGCGCCGACGCCGCCGCCCCUGCUGCCAAGGGCGCCGACGCCGCCGCGCCCGCCAAGGGCGCCGACGCCGCUGCGCCCGCCAAGGGCGCCGACGCCGCUGCGCCUGCCAAGGGCGCCGACACCGCCGCGCCUGCCAAGGGCGCCGCCCCUGCUGCCAAGGGCGCCGACGCCGCCGCCCCUGCUGCCAAGGGCGCCGACGCCGCCGCGCCCGCCAAGGGCGCCGAUACCGCCGCGCCUGCCAAGGGCGCCGCCCCUGCUGCCAAGGGCGCCGACGCCGCCGCCCCUGCUGCCAAGGGCGCCGACGCCGCCGCGCCCGCCAAGGGCGCCGACGCCGCCGCGCCCGCCAAGGGAUCGGCUGCACCCAAGGGCGAUGCUCCCGCCAAGACUGUCUACGUCACGUUUGGCGCAUACGGUUCCAUCUCCGAGUUCCCGGUGGCUCCCAAGGCGGCCGGCGGCGAAAUGGCGCCGUCCGCCAAGCUUCCAGACGCGCCUGCGCCUGCCAAGAACUCAGCUCGUGGGCGUCGCCUCCACUAG